AUGAAUCUGUGUAGCUUCACACAGUUCAACUCUUCAGGGUUGACAGUGGAUCAUGCCUUUGGAAACAACUCCAGAUUUUCUGUCAUAAAGAUCAUUGAGAACUGGUCUCAGGUUCUGACGUAUGGAGGAGGGAAAUUCUUCAUCAUUCCUGCCGCUGUAUCCCUGGUAGCUGUGCUGCCAGCCAGCCCCUUGGUCCUUCUUGCUAUAUUUUCCAGUAACACCCUUUAUCAAGAGACAAGGUACAGACUGCUCGCCAACACUUUAAUCAGUGACUUGAUUUACUGCAUUGUGAAUCUUACCAUUACAGCUACCAAUAUCGCGCCUUUUUUUUUCACCAAUAUACUCUGUCAAUUUCUUUUAAUUCUUCUGAGCACUACGUAUUUCACUGGCAUUUUGAAUGUUACGGCAAUGGUGGUGGAUGUCUUCUUGGCAAUCAACUGGCCUCUGCGCUAUAUCUCUUUCCUGCCCACACCCAGAGCUGUCAAGCUAAUUGUUGGUAUUUGGGUGGUUUCAACUACAUCUUCGAUAUUUAUUUAUGUAUUCUUAUCUGCCAAGGAGACCAUGCUAUGUAAAAUUCCAGUCUGCAUUUUCGACAUUAUUUUCUUCAUUAAACCAGUCAGCCAAAAAGUAAGCCAGUUGUACAACUUUAUAGUAAUUAUCUUGUUUACCGUCUGUUUUGUCCUGAUCGUGGGCUGCUACUGCAUGAUGUACUGGAAGACCCGGAGUUGUGGCAUUUGGAAUGGAUUUUCCAGAGCCAGACAGACUUUCUCUCUUCACUCUGUUCUCUUCUUCUUCUACUUUUGCCCAGUGAUAAUACUGAUGCUGGAAACAGUUCUGUACUCCUAUUAUCUGAUGGAUCUCCAGUCGAUGGUUUACUCUUCGAUGAUCAUGUCCAACAUUGUUAUGAUGCUACCAAGGGCACUCAUUCCCUACAUAUAUGGCUUAAGGAGCAGGGAGUUGUCUAAAACCAUAAAAUCUAUGAUUAAAUAUAAGGUGCAGAUUAGCCCGGGAGAAUAGAAAAUAAAAAAGGGGGUGGUAUUAUCAUUUGUCUUAUGAAAAUUGAAGCAACACAUCCCUGCAAACCCUAAAAAAAAACGUUUUUAUGUGUAAUGCCCCAUGCCUUUGGAUUUCUAUUUCUCAGAGUGUCAGAGACCCAGAUUCCAUUCUUAUUUUUA